UUUCAUUUUCUUAUAUGUCAUUACUCAUCUCAAACUAAGACAUUAAUUACUCAAAAAACAUACUUGCCUGCUUUAUCUCACCUUCUAAAACAACAAUGGCCGAAGGAGUUUUAUUCAAUGUUGCUGAAAGUCUUGUUGAGAUGUUGCAUUCUGCAGCAUUCGAAGAGGUUGGAGUGCUUUACUGUGUGAAGGACGAGUUUCAGAAACUUGUUGAUACGACAAACAUAGUUAAAGGUGUACUUCUUGAUGCAGAACAGAAGAUGGCUGUCGAUAAUAGUGUCAAAGCUUGGCUCAAACAGCUUGGAGACGCAUUUUUUGUUGCUGAUGACUUGGUGGACAAGUUUCAUACAAAAGCUAUGCAACGUAGAGUGAUGUCUGGGAAUAAAUUCACCAGACAGGUACGUGUUUUCUUCUCCAGCUCUAAUCAGCUAGUUUUUCGUAUUAAGAUGGGUCAUCAGAUUAAAGAUAUAAGAGAAAAACUAGAUGAUACAAGAGUCGUUAGCAACAACUUUAACUUAACUCAUCGUCCAAAAGAAACAAUAGUUGCUAGUGGAAGUAGUAUGAGGGAGACCUACUCUUAUGUGAGUGAAGAGGAAGUUAUUGGGAGAGAGGAUGAAAAGAAGGAAAUUAUUCAAUUGUUGGUGGAAAUGGAGUUUGAAGAGGAUGUGUCUUUCAUUCCAAUAGUAGGUAUUGGAGGGUUAGGAAAAACCACACUAGCUCAAUAUGUUUACAAUGAUGAGAAAGUCCAAAAACAUUUUGAACUCAAAAUGUGGGUGUGUGUUUCUGAUGUUUUUGAUGUCGAUUUACUAGUUGCAAAAAUUAUAAAGUCGGAUACUUGUACCAAUCUAGGAAACCUUGAGUUGGAACAGUUACAAAAUGAACUUAGAAGUAAGCUAAGUGGAAAGAAAUACCUCUUAGUAUUGGAUGAUGUGUGGAAUGAGCAUGGUGAAGAAUGGCAUAAAUUGGAGAUGUUGUUAAAGUGUGGAGGAAGGGGUAGUAGAGUCUUAGUAACUACUCGCAGUGAAAUGGUUUCUAGGAUAACUCAGACAGUUCAGCCAUUUAAAGUAAAAGGUUUGAGCAAAGAUAUGUCUUGGUACUUAUUCAAAAGAAUGGCAUUCGAGAAAGAACAAGAGCCGGUUGAGGGCUCAAAAAUAAUGGAGCUAGGGAUGGAGGUUGUAGAAAAGUGCAAGGGAGUUCCUUUGGCCAUAAGGACAAUAGGAAGAUUAUUGCAGGUAAGAUUAUGGCAGUCUCAAAACCCAGAAAAGGAGUUGUCAUGGUUUCUGAAUAGUGAAUUUGCAAAAAUAGAUCAAAUGAAAAUUACAUCUUACCCACCCUCAAGCUAAGUUAUAACCAUCUCCCUUCACAUUUGAAGCAUUGUUUUGCUUUCUGUAGUUUGUUUCCAAAAGAUCAUGAAAUUUGUGUGGGUGAGUUGAUUCAACUUUGGAUGGCACAAGGAUUUAUAAAAUGCUCUGAUCACAAAAACCAAUGUCUUGAAGAUAAUGGCUAUGAGUAUUUUAUAAAUCUCCUAUGGAGAUCCUUUUUUCAAGAACCAAAACAAGGCAGCCUGCAUAAUUUUGGUGACAUAAUAAUUUCAUGUAAAAUGCAUGACCUCAUGCAUGAUGUGGCUGUUUUGGUGGCGGGAUCAGAUAGUGUCAUAAUCAAUCAGAAUACUAAAAUCUCUAAUGGAAAACAUCUUCACAUGUCAUUAGCUGAUUUUGAUUUUGAUCUAGAAACCCACAAAUCAAGUGAGAUUUUAGAAUUCUUUUCUCAACAAAAAAGACUUCGAACUUUUCUUUUACAUAAUUGUCGAUAUUUGGGCUUCUCUAAACUUGAGGAUUAUUUGUCCAAGUUUAAGUGUGUACGAGCUUUGAGUCUUUCCCGCAUGGACAUUGAGGUGUUGCCAAAGAAUUUGUGUGAAUUGGAACAUUUGAGAUAUCUUAAUCUUUCUUAUGAUUCUGAAUUAAAAACGCUUCCAAGCUCUUUGGUAAGAUUACAGAAUUUGCAGACUCUAAAUCUCGUAGGUUGUGAAAACCUUGUUAGAUUACCUCGAAACAUGAAGAAAUUAGUCAACUUAAGGCAUCUUAUUAUUGAAGGAUGUUCAAGUUUGACAGAGAUGCCCCCUGAAUUUGGGUAUAUGACUUCCCUUCACACAUUAGAUAGAUUUGUUGCAUCUGAGUCGAGUGGGUUUCCUGAAGUGAGCAACCUUAUUAACAACUUACAAGGAGGCUUAAGAAUUGAAAGACUGAGACACACAAACUAUGUUGCAUCAAAAUCCACGGCACCAACUUUAAAGCGAGUCAUUUGUGAAGGGAAGCAUAAUCUUCAACUGUUGAUUUUAAAGUGGGAAGAAGUUGAUGAUGGCAAUAAUAUGAUGGAAAAUGAGGAGAUGGCACUAGAAGGUUUGCAGCCACCUUCCAGUGUAAAAGAGUUGCAAGUGUGGAAUUUCAUGGGCGUGAGUUCGGAGGUUGGCUUUCUUCAUUGGAUAACCUUGUUCUAUUGGAGUUAUACGAAUGUAAGAAUUGCCAAUAUCUCCCAAAAUUAGAUCAAUUGCGUUCUCUCAAGGAACUUAACAUUAAUUCUGUUGAAGCAGCGUACAUGUGCUCCUCGGCCGAAGAUGAAUACUUUGAUGAUGCCCACUUGUUCUUUCCAUCCCUGGUGAGUCUUUGUAUUGAAAAAUGUCCAAAUCUCAAGUGGUGGUGGUGGAAGAGGGGAUCAGAUGGUAAUGGGAUUAGAUCAUUUCCUCGUCUUUCCGAUCUAAACAUAUGGAAGUGCCCUAACCUCACUUCAAUGCCCUUGUUUCCAUGUAUUGAAACACUUGAUCUCACUGCAAGUAGUUCAAAGUCAUUCCAAGAAACGUGGAUAAUGAUGAGGGGGAAGAACACUCAAGCCAACAUUUCAUUCCUCAAGUCAAUCACCAUUAAGGAAUGCCGCGAUUUGACAACACUUCCGGAAGGGAGAGAGAACCUUCCUUCCCUUGAGUCUAUCACGAUAUAUAGCUGCCCCAAUUUGACAUCACUACUGGAAGGGGUUGGGAACCUUCCUUCCCUUAAGUCUGUCUAUAUAUACGGCUGCCCCAAGUUGAUUUCAUUGCUAAAAGGCAUUGGUAACCUUCCUUCCCUCGAGUCUGUCACCAUAGAUAAUUGCCCAGUGACUUCACUGCUUCCAGGAAUUGGAAACCUUCCUUCCCUUCAAGAUUUCAGGAUACGUCACUGCUCCAAUUUGACAGCAGCACUAGAAGGGAUUGAAGAGAUUGGAAACCUUCCUUCCCUUGAGACUACCAAUAUAUGCAACUGCCCCAAUUUGAUAUCACUUCCACGCAACUUGAGUAAUUUUAAAAAGUAUCAUAUUAUGUAUUGCCCCAAGUUGGAACAAAGAUGCUAUAAUUGAACUUUCUCGCUCCAUUGUACACGAUUAAAUAUCGAGCCUGCAGGACAUAGACGACCUCGAAUAUGGUGACCUCGGAGUGUUCAUGAUCUCGAAAAGGUGGCUCCGGAGACGCAUCCAUCUUCAGGGAUGGCCUCGGAUCAGGGGUCCCGAGCUCGACGCACAUACGAUCUCGAAAGCCACGUGACCUCGGGAGAUGUUUCUAGCUCGAAAGAUGGCGGGAAACCUGGGAAGCUAAAGCCUUGGAGAUAUAUGAUAACCACCUUGAAUAUCUAUAAGUGAUGUAAAUACGAAAUGUAAUCCUCAUUUAUUACUGUAAAUCCCCUAGAAUCGUGGGAUAUUAUUUGGACAGUUAUACGUCCCCUGGUCUUCAGGGGACGUUUCCUUUUAUAUCUGAUUAUAGGCAUUAAAAGCCAUUUAUUUCAUAUGCACAAAAAGAGUAACUACCCAAAAUAUGUGGGAUAGUAUUCUGCAUAUUUCUCUAUAAAUAGAGAGGUUAAGCACCAUUGUAAUGGACCGAAAAUUCUGAUCCUUGAGAGAAAACUCUGAAGAAUUCAUUCCUGAAGAAUUCUCAGAGAUAAUCUUGAGUAUUAAUAACAGAGACUCGUGGACUAGGCAGAUUUAACUGCUGAACCACGUAAAAA